AUCAAAUUAAUAUAAUCUUGUUUUGAGCAUAUUGAAGCAUCAAUUACCAUGGAGUCCCACCAUCUCAGCACCGGCCCAGAUACCAACAUCCAUUUCACCAUCACCAAAGCUCAGUCUUCCUCUUCAUCUACGCCCCUCCUCCUCUUCCUCCACUACUGGGGUGGAUCCAGCAAAACGUGGUACAAGCAGAUCUCACCAUUAGCCCCAUAUACCCUCAGCAAUGCAUACAACACAGUCGCCAUUGACCUCCGCGGCUGGGGCCAAUCCACAGGACCCGCAGACAGCUCAAGAGACUACUCCAUUACUCCCAUGGCAUCUGAUGUGGUCUCGGUGCUAUCCCACCUUCAAAGCACCACCCCCCUCCUCAACAACGGCGUGAUCCUAAUCGGUCACUCCAUGGGAGCGAAGGUCACCCUGGCUACUCUUUCCAAACUCUCCGACAGCCUAUUAUCCCUCAUCAAGGGCCUCGUACUCGUCGCCCCGGCACCCCCAACACCACUGAUCCUGCCCUCUGAGAUGAGCGAGCAACAACGCAAAGCAUAUGAUAACGAAGCCUCCGUUCGGUGGACGGUCGAGAAUGUUCUGUCCAGUGCGCAGAAGAUUUCGAGUGACGAUAUGAACAUGGUCAUCAAAGAUAGUUUGACAGGGAGUAUUCUUGCUCGGGACGGGUGGAUUCUACAUGGUAUGCAGGAGAAUAUCACAUCUGCUUUGGAUGAGGUCUCUGCUCGGCUGGCAGGGCGGAAGGUUAGGAUUAGUGUACUGGCUGGAGCGGAGGAUAUUGUUGAGAAUAAGGAUCGGGUGGAGAAGGAGGUAGUUGGAGCGCUGGCUCAGAGGGGCUUCGAGGUGUACUUUGAGGUCCUCGAGGGAGUGAAGCACUUGAUUCCGUUGGAGAACCCGGAUGGUGUAGCUAGGGCUAUUCGUUCUGUUGUCGCAUAGUGUUUGUAAGCAGAUUUCUUGACAAGGCAUGAAGGGUCAAUACUGUAAUCAUCAACCAGUGAUGUGGCAAUGUAUGAUAUUUCGUGGACUUGGAAAGGUGCACAAGAGAGCAUAGUCUAGGAAGAGAACAAAGUAG